AUGCAAAACAAACAAUUACUUGUACUUUUUGGCUUGUUAUUGAUAGUCGCCAGUUUGUGUCUCGUUAUCGAUCGGGUGAAAGCAUCCAACGAUGAUGAUGAUAUCACACUUCAAGAAGAAACACCGGAACCAAAAAAUAUUAAAGUUACAUGUGGAAGUAUUAUUAAAUUACGACACAAAGGAAUGGCUUGUAGAUUACAUAGUCAUGCCGUAAAAUAUGGUAGUGGAAGUGGACAACAAUCAAUUACUUGCUAUCCAGGAGAAGGUGAUGAAAAUAGUUAUUGGGUAAUUAAAUCGGCAUACAAUCCAUCAGGAAAGAGUGAUCUUAAGGAAUGUCCACAAGGUACAGUCCUUAAACAAGGUACUGUUAUCAGAUUGGAACAUGCUCAAACAUCAGCUAGAUUACACUCUCAUCUUCACAUUUCACCUCUCUCCAGACAACAAGAAGUCAGUUGUUAUGAAGGACAAGAUACUGGUGAUAACUGGAUUGUUGAAUUGGUUAGUGGAAAUAGUUCUUCUGAAUUGGAAAAGGGCGAAGGAAUUAGAUUUAAACACGUCGAUACUGGAAAGUAUCUCCACUCCCAUAACAUGCAAUAUGGUCAUCCAAUUCCUGGUCAAUUUGAAGUUACAAGUGUUGCCUCAUCAAACUCUAACACUGUUUGGGUUCCAGAAGAAGGUGUCUACUAUCCAACACUUAAAGAAUUGGAACAUUAA